UCAGGGAGCCACUGGGCCUAAGGGUGACAAGGGUGAACCAGCAGAGUGCAACUGUUUGAAUGAUAUGUUCCCUGGAACCGGUGGACCUGGGGUCCCAGGUGGUGAGAGCAGGUGGCAGCCUGGUCCUCAGGGGCCUCCUGGACCACCAGGCCUUCCAGGUCCCCCAGGGUCCCAAGGCUUUACAGGAAUCACAGGCCCACAGGUGAGUAUAAAACAAAUGGCAUCAGGGUGUACCUCUGCUUUUUCUGUCUGUUCCUUCAUCCUGCUCUCUUUGUGGGGCUUCUGUAUCGGUAAGGCCUGCAUGGGUAACUCUGGGCUUCCACUAAAGCAUAUUUAAAUGCACCAGUAAUGUUUUCUGUAAAAGUUUACACAUAAAAGCAAUUUGUUAAUUUAGCAAAUAAUUAUUACUACUGCCAUGAAUUAAAUGUAAUGUAAUGUAAUGUAAAUGUAAUGUCAUGCAAUUAUAAUGUAGUUUGUAAAAGAGCGCUGUAUUAAAACAUUGCUUUUUAAAUUGCACGCUUUAAAGGGGCUUCUGGGAAUUUUGAAUAGUGCCAUGGGAUGUGCUUUUUUAAUGGCUGUGCUUUUAAAAGUUAAUGUUAAAGUAAAUGUAAAUAUUAAUGUAGAUUGUAAUCUAAAUCAUUAAUGUAUGGAUCAAAUAUUGCGGGCAAAAAUGAAUUAAAUGUAAUCUAAUUAAUACAUUACUUAAAUAAGUGGUUGGGGGUCAUGCUGCUUUUUCUUUUUAAAAACCAUGCAGAAGCUCACUGUGAGGUUGCUGUAUUUACUUUAAGUCCAUUUUCAUCUUUAUCAGUUAUGUCUUAAAUAUACAAUGGGAAUUAUAAUGGUAUGUAAGCCCAUCAUCAUUUAAAUCACCCUGAUAAACUGGCAAAUUUACUUCUGUAUGACCUCACCGUGAGCACUGAGUGGUCUUUAACCUGGUGUUGUGUUGAUUUCCCAAGUCUCAGAAGAACUGAAAUUAAAAAAUAGACAG